GUUUCUACUGCAUUGAUUUUGUUCUAUUUUUGCGCUUAAAUUUUACACUGCACAAUUAUUGAACACAAGAAAAUACUGACAUUGCAGAUUAGGAGCAAGUCCUACUGCUCAAAGGCCAAAGCGCUCUUGCCUUUGCUCAGAGCCGCACUGUGAGAUGGGGAGGCCUCUCCGUCUAGAUUCUCCCAGUUUGCGUACUGACUGUGCCCACACUGGCUACCGAUGAGAAUUGACUCUCUGCAGCCACCGUAUCCCUCCUAAAGUCCCAUCCAAUCAGGGUUCCGCGGGAAGAGGCGGGGCUGAGAGGCGCGCAUUGUGCUUGCUUUUUGCAGUACCUGCUGCGGCUGCUUUCGGUAUGGAGGAAAUUUAUGCGAAGUUUGUGUCUCAGAAAAUCAGCAAAACCCGCUGGCGACCCCUGCCUCCGGGAAGUUUACAGACCGCGGAGACUUUCGCUACAGGAUCUUGGGACAAUGAGGAAAAUUAUGUUUCACUGUGGUCUAUCGGAGAUUUUGGAAACUUGGACUCUGAUGGAGGGUUUGAAGGAGACCAUCAGUUAUUGUGUGAUAUCAAACACCAUGGUGAUGUAAUGGAUUUACAGUUUUUUGACCAGGAAAGAAUUGUCGCUGCUUCAUCAACAGGAUGUGUAACAGUUUUCCUUCACCAUCCAAAUAACCAGACUCUGUCAGUCAACCAGCAGUGGACUACAGCUCACUACCACACAGGCCCUGGCAGUCCUUCCUAUAGCAGCGCACCAUGUACAGGUGUUGUGUGCAACAACCCAGAAAUCGUUACAGUUGGAGAGGAUGGUCGAAUAAAUCUCUUCAGAGCUGAUCACAAGGAAGCUGUAAGAACCAUAGACAAUGCAGAUAGUAGUACACUCCAUGCUGUAACCUUUCUUCGAACUCCUGAGAUUCUUACUGUAAAUUCAAUUGGACAGUUGAAAAUAUGGGAUUUCAGACAACAAGGAAAUGAGCCUUCUCAGAUAUUGUCACUGACUGGUGACCGAGUGCCACUCCACUGUGUUGAUAGACAUCCCAACCAACAGCAUGUUGUAGCUACUGGUGGCCAAGAUGGAAUGUUGAGUAUUUGGGAUGUUAGACAAGGUACUAUGCCUGUAUCUCUGCUGAAGGCUCAUGAAGCUGAAAUGUGGGAAGUUCACUUUCACCCAUCCAACCCAGAUCAUCUGUUUACCUGCUCUGAAGAUGGAUCCCUCUGGCACUGGAAUGCUUCCACAGAUGUACCUGAAAAGUCGUCACUCUUUCACCAAGGAGGAAGAAGCAGUACUUUUUUGUCUCAUAGCAUUAGUAACCAAGCUAAUGUUCACCAGUCUGUCAUUAGCUCCUGGCUCAGCACUGAUCCUGCAAAAGACCGAAUUGAAAUCACAAGCUUACUUCCCAGUAGGUCUCUGUCUGUGAACAGUUUGGAUGUUUUAGGUCCUUGUCUUGUUUGUGGAACCGAUGCAGAAGCAAUUUAUGUUACUAGACAUCUUUUUUCUUAGAAGUACUAUAAUUAUAAGAUUUCAGAUAGAACAUACAAUUAGCCUUUUGAAAUCCAACUUCUGUGCAAAAUUUUAUUAUCAGAAAAUACAAGAUUUGCAGGGGAAACAUCAGUAAACUACCAUUAAUGUCAAUGCCCAGUUUUGACUUUUGUUAGCCUGACACUCCCAAACAGUUAUAGAAUCCGAUAGAUGACUGAUGGCAAAAGAUUGUGAACAUGUGGAAGAAAAUCAGUGGGAUUCUGGUGCUGAUGAAUAGGUUGCCUUCAGAGUAUUAUUGACAGACAGCUUGUGGAACUAGUUCUUUAUUUUUGAUGUUGUGGGAAUUAACACAUCAGUGGUGGUUAUGGGAACUACCAAUGGGUUCCUACAAUUUUUAUCAGUAGUAUGUGGAGUAUAUGCCUUCCUAGUGGCAGUUGCCAAUGUUAACGAUUAUUAUUUUUAUUGCAAGUAUUUCCUAUGAUCCUUCCACACUUUAUUUCCUUAAUAAUAAUAAUAAACUUUUUCGGAAAGAAUUGAGUAGAGCAAAAAUGACAAAGAUGUAUAGCUGUGUUCAAUUUUUUUUUUUUUUUUUUUUUGAGGCAGAGUCUUGCUCUGCUGGAGUGCGGUGGUGCAAUCUCGGCUCACUGCACCCUCCACCUCCCAGGUUCAAACGAUUCACCUGCCUCAGUCUCCUGAGUAGCUGGAACUACAGGUGUGCGCCACCACGCCCAGCUAAUUUUUGUAUUUUUAGUAGAGACAGAGUUUCACCAUGUUGGCCAGGAUGGUCUUGAUCUCUUGACCUCAUGAUCCACCCACCUCGACCUCCCAAAGUGCUGGGAUUACAGGUGUGAGCCACUGCACCCGGCCUGAAAUUUUUUUAAGGUGAAAAUGUUUUGACAAGUUGCUUUUUCAGAAUAGGUUUUUGAGCAGAACUCUUUCAGCUCGUUAGACCCAACUUUGCUUUUGUUUAGCUUCACAGCAUAGCUGAAAGUUGCCAAACUGGACAUUGUGCAAUAAAGUUGAAUUCUAUAUUGAUAAGCGAACUAUUUCCAUACUAAAAAUGUGAUAGAUAAAAGUGUGAUUAAUCAAAUGAUAUGAUCAGAGUAAAGAAUUUUGCCAUUUUGAUCCUUUUACUUUGUUUUAGCCACCUAUAGUCUUACCAACCAUCUUGAUCCUUGUCUGCAGGGAUAAUAAUGAACUAAUGUAGUGUUUUAAGAUAAUUUAAUGAUACUAUCUUUCCAAACUUUGUUAGAUUUUAAAUGUAUUAUUGACCUGAGACCUUAAUGACAAAUCACUGCUAUUAGACAAUUGAAGUGUUCAUUUACUUUGUAAUUCCAAUAAUCAUAGUUAUGGAAUUAUGGUAAGGUUUUGCUUUUCUGUCCUAAUAAAUAUAUAUAUUUUUUGAGAUGGAGUUUUGCUCUUGUUGCUGAGGCUGGAGUGAAAUGGCAUGAUCUCAGCUCACUGCAACCUCCGUCUCUUAGGUUCAAGCAAUUCUACUGCCUCAGCCUCCCGAGUAGCUGGGAUUACAGGUGCUCACCACCACACCCAGCUAAUUUUUGUAUUUUUAGUAGAGAUGGGGUUUCACUGUGUUGGCCAGGCUGGUCUUGAACUGACCUCGUGAUCCACCUGCCUCAGCCUCCCAAAAUGCUGGGAUUACAGGCUUGAGCCACCGCUCCCGGCUGAUUUUUGUAUUAGUAGAGACGACAGGGUUUCACCAUGUUGGCCAGGGCUGGUCUCGAACUCUUGACCACAGGUAAUCAGCCCACCUCGGCCUCCAAAAGUGCUGGGAUUACAGGCAUGAGCCACGGUGCCCUACCUAUUUUCAAGUCUUUCAAUGCCACUUUACCUCAGGUGUUUUGGGUUUUUGAUCUGUCUAUAGUAGUAUUGCUGGGACUAAUUUUUUAAAGACUUUUUGUUACUACUAAAUAAUUACAGAAAAAGCAAAGCCAAAAGAAAAUUUUAAGUACUUAGAAUUUCAAACAGACAAUAUUCUUUUCAUAUCUGUUUCUAUCCAUCAAUGUAUAUAAUUUUUUAAUAAAAUUGAAAUAUACAUAUUUGUGGAUGCACGUUCCCUAGCAGUAAACACAUUUUUUUCUAUUAUCAUUUUGAACUGCUAUGUAAUAUUCUAAGGUAUACGUGUGUGUACCAUAAUUUAUUUCAUUUGGUUGCCUAUUAUUAUUUCAUGUUUCCAGCUUCUCACUAUUAUGAUUAGUGCUAUAACGCCUAUUUGAUUUAAUUUGCAUUUCUUUUAAAACUUGGCUUUUAUUCUUGGUUUUUUUUUUGUUUUUUUGUUUUUUUGAGAUGGAGUCUUGCUCUAUAACUAGGCUGGAGUGCAGUGGUGUGAUCUCAGCUCACUGCAACCUCGACCUCCCAGGUUCAAGCGAUUCUCCUGCCUCAGCCUCCCAAGUACCUGGGAUUACAGGCGUGCGCCACAACACCUGGCUAAUUUUUUGUGUUUUUAGUAGAGACAGGGUUUCACUAUGUUAGCCAGCCUGGUCUCAAACUCCUUACCUCAGGUGAUCCACCCACCUCAGCCUCCCAAAGUGCUGGGAUUACAGGCGUGAGCCACCGUGCCAGCCAAAUCAUUUGAUUUGUUUCUUAAUACUUUCUGUCCCCUGGCAUCAUGCUGUCCUGUCCUAGGUUUAUAUAAAUGUUAACCUGUAAUUCCUUUUAUUUUGUGGUUUUGUAUUUUGCAUGUAAUGAUUGCAUUUGGAAUGUAAUUUAAUGUAUCUGAAGUUUUUUUCUUUUUAUUAUGGAUAAUUUCAAACAUAUGAAAAGGAUGGUUUUAUUAACCUGUGUACUCAUCGCCCAGCUUCAUCAAUUAACAACACACAGCCAGUCUUAUCUCUGCUGCUGUUCAUUCCCCACCCCUGCUCUGGAUCACUGUAAAGCAAAUUCCAGAUGUCAUUUCAAUCAUAAUUCUUCACUGUACAUCUCUGAAGGAUGAGAAACACAUACACACUUUUUUUUGAGGAGGGGUAGGUAGGGGAGACAGGGUCUCGCUCUGUGACCCAGACUGAAGUACAGUGGCAUGAUCACAGCUUACUGCAGCCUCAACCUCCCAAGCUCAAGCAAUCCUCUCACCUCAGCAUCCUAAGUAGCUGGGACUACAGGUGUGUGCCACCACAUCCAGCUAAUUUUUAAAAUUUUUUUGUAGAGAUAGGGUCUCACUAUAUUGCCCAAGCUGGUCUUGAACUCCUAGCCUCAAGCAAUCCUCCUGCCUUGGUUCCAAAGUACUUGGAUUACAGACCUGAACCACUGUGCCUGGCCUCUUGUCAAUCUUAAUAUCACAAAAGUAGACAAGUAGAUAUUAUGUGCUUCCUGAUGUUAUAUAAAAUGAGUAAAUAACACCACCUAUGAAAUACUCUUGCCCAGAAGAAACUACUUGUCUUUCAUUUUGUGGCAUUCCAGGAGUAAGUAAAAACCAUACACUUGUUCAGCUCAGGGUAGGUUUUUUCCUAGCACUGAAAAGUAGACCAGAUAAUUUAGAUAAUUGCUGUUACCCUAAAUAUCAUUUUAAAGACUGUUUUCAGCCUAGCUGUCCUUCCCCAACUCCUAGCAACAAAACUGAACCUGAUUUACCUGUCUUUACAGACACUACAGGAGACAAAAGAACAUGUUAAAUGACAACAUAUUGUCCUGUAGUUGUGCUAUUAAGACAACAUCAUGUUGCCCUGUCCACCAUGCUCAGCUAAUUUUGUAUUUUUAGUAGAGAUGGGGUUUCUCCAUGUUGGUCAGGCUGUCUCAAACUCCCGACCUCAGAUGAUCCGCCUGCCUCGGCUUCCCAAAGUGCUGGGAUUACAGGCGUGAGCCACUUAAUAUUUGUAACCAUAAGAGAAAGUAUAUUUUAACAGCAUUACAUUUCAUGCCAAUUGACAAGUUCUGCCAAUUUUAAUAAGAAACUAAGCUUUAUGUAAUAUAACACCAUAAUUUAUGAAUUUGUUCAUAGUCACUGCCUUUAUUCAUGAAACGGUCAAAUAGAGUGUCUUUCAAGGGUUGCAGGAUCUUAGAGGUAGAAAGUACCUUGGUGAUUAUCUCCAGCCUAAAUUUCAUCAUCCCUUCUAUGGUAUUCCCAACAAAUUAUCAUCCAACCUAUACUUAAAAACAUAUGGUGGCCAGGCACGGUGGCUCACGCCUGUAAUGCUAGCACUUUGGGAGGCCGAGGUGGGUGAAGCACCUGAGGUCAAGAGUUCGAGAUCAGCCUGGCCAACAUGGCGAAACCCCGUCUCCACUAAAAAUGCAAAAAAAAAUUAACCGGGCGUGGUGGCAGGCAUCUAUAACCCGAGCUACUCGGGAGGCUGAGGCAGGAGAAUAGCUCCAACCCAGGAGGCAGAGGUUGCAGUGACCCAAAAUCGUGCCACUUCACUCCAGCCUGGGCAAAAGAGCAAAACUCCAUCUCAAAAAAUAUACAUAUAUAUGGAGAUAAAGUUUCCCAUUUUCCAAUACAGUUUCACAUUUGAACAGCUCUAAUUGAUACAGCUUUAUGGCAGGGUUUUAGUGUGUGAGUGGGAUCCAAAACACUCAAUCCUGUAAAAGGGUACAGUCCUAUUGUAUGUUAACACACUGAUGAUGUGAGCCUAUGAGAUGAGCCAAUCACCAGUUGUUAUAUUCGAAUCUGCUUUGUGUUGGGAUGCUUUAAUGUAGGGUUUCACUAAAUAAAUGAAUUUUCAUAUACUGAA